CAGCAGCAGCGAAAGACAAGGGUGAUGACAAGGGAGCUGCUCGCUCUGCUCCUGCUGCUGCUGCUGCUGCAGCAGAGAAGCAGCAGCCGGCAGCAGCUAAGGAGGCAGCAGAAAAAGGAGGAGAGAAAGGAGACAAAGAAAAGGAGACAGAAGCAGCAGCAGCAGCAGCAGCAGCAGCAAAACCGGCUAAUGAAGAAGCAAAGGAGGCAAGACGCCACGGGAGAAGACACGAUAGAAAGGAAAGAAAGAAGGAGGCAGCAGCAGCAAAAGAAAAGGAGGCAGCAGCUGCUGCAGCAGCAGCAGCAGCGGCAGCGGAGGAAGCAGCAGCAAAGGAAAAGGAAGCAGCAGCAGCCAAAGAAAAGGAGGCAGCAGCAGCAAAGGAAAAAGAGGCAGCAACAGCAAAGGAAAAGGAGGCAGCAGCAAAAGGGAAGGACACUGGAGCAGCAGCAGCAGCAGCAGCAGCAGCAGCAGCAAAAGAAGAGGAUACAGAAGGAGACCUCUUCUUUGCUGCUGAUUGCCGCAUGCUGCAGGACGGCAACUCACAGCCAGAGCAGCAGCAGCAGCAGAAGCAGCAGCAGCAAGCGAAGCAGCAGCAAGAGAAGCAACAGCAAGAGAAGGAGCAGGAGCAGCAGAGCGCAAAGGAGACACCUAAGGCAGAAGAAGAGAAGACAGAUGCUGCCAGGGAGCAGCAGCAGCAGCAGCAGCAGGAGCAGCAGCAGCAGCAGCAGCGGCAUCACAGAGGCUUCCGUGGCCGCAAGAAAGCGCAGCAGCCUACUGAAGAAGCAGCAGCAGCAGCAGCAGCAGCACCGACAGCAGCAAGCGAAAAGGAAGCAGCAGCAAAAGAAAAGGAAGCAGCAAAAAAAGGCAAGGAAAAAGCAGCAAAAGAAAAGGAAAAAGCAGCAAAAGACAAGGAUGCUGCUGCUGCUGCUGCUACUGAUCCUUCACCGCAGCAGAAGCAGCCGCAUGCAGCGGAUGAGGAAGCAGCAGCUGCUGCAGGCAAGGCAGCAAAAGCAUCAGAUAAAGGGGCAGCAGCAGCAGCAGGAGCAGGAGCAGCGGCGGCAGCGGCAGCAGCGGCAGCAGCAGCAGCAGCAAAAAAUGGCAGCAAGGAGGAAGAGGAGCAGCAGCACAAGAAGAAGAAUAAAGGAGACAAGAACAGCAGCAGCAGCAGCAGCAGCAGCAGGAGAAGAAGAGAAUUUGAGGUACCCCUUCGUAAGGGCAGCAGCAGCAGCAGCGACAGUCUCUCGCCUCCCCCGUUGCUGCUGCAGCAGCAGCAGCAGCAUUUGCUGCUGCAGCAAGAAGGGUCUGCUGCACUAGAGACACCUGCACGCUGCGAUGUACGAAGAGUGCUGACGCUGCUGCUGCAGAAAGGAGACAGUCUUCUUGCUGCUGCUAAGUGUCUCCUUUCUGCAGCAGCAGCAAAUACUGCAGCAGCAGCAGCAGCAGCAACAGGAGCAGGAACAACUACUGCAGAAGCAGCAUUAGCAACAAAUACAGCAGCAGCAGCAGCAGCAGCAGCAGCAGCAAAUGAUGAUGUAGAUCUACUAGCAGCAGCAGAAGAUUUUUAA